CGGCAGAAGAUGGCGUCGCUGCGCUGUAGGCGAGACCCCUGCGGUGUUAUCUGUCUGAUUUUAACUUAUUUCAGCGUGUUUUACGCGGACUACGUGGUCGUACAGUAUGUGCUCCUCCCCGCCUACUCGGACAGUGUGUGGUGUACUCUACACGGAUCAGUGUUCAACCUGAUCCUGCUGCUGCUGCUGGCCUGCCACUCCAAAGCCGUCUUCUCAGACCCCGGUAUGGUGCCUCUUCCUGACACAGCCAUAGACUUCUCAGAUCUUCGCUCGCAGUCGUCUCGGAUGAACGAACGGGGCUGUGAAGGUUGGACGGUGUGCAGUCGCUGUGAAACCUACAGACCUCCCAGAGCGCAUCACUGCCGCGUCUGUCAGAGGUGUAUCCGCCGCAUGGACCACCACUGUCCCUGGAUCAACAACUGCGUCGGAGAGCUAAACCAGAAGUAUUUCAUCCAGUUUCUCUUCUACACCGGCAUGGCCAGUCUGUACUCCAUGGUGCUGGUGGUGUCGGCCUGGGUGUGGCGGAUAAGGAACGAGAGAGAAGGCGAUACAGAGAAAGAAGGAGAGGAGACGCCCAGCAAGCACCUGAUAGUCGCUCAUUACAUCAUCCUCCUGGUGGAGUCGGUGUUGUUUGGCGUGUUUGUCAUGGUCAUCUUCUACGAUCAGUUGGUCUCCAUAAUCACAUGACGAGACUUCCGAUAGAGCAGAUGAGGACAGGCUG